AUGUCCCUCGCCGUCAACGCAAGUCGCUGCGUAAGUGCGACAUUCGGGAAUCCAACACUCCUAGGUGCCAGUAUCCUCGCUGUGCAAGCCAACCUCGUCGAAAACUACAGCUUCGACGUGCCAAAGGGAUGGACCUACUCCCAGCCGGCCCUCAACGUCGAGAACGCCACCUUCUGCAAUGUGACCGUCACAUACACGCACCCAGGGCAGAAUGACUCCCUCACCGCCGAGGCCUGGCUACCGACCGUGGAUCGCUACAAUGGAAUUCUGCAGGCCGUUGGCGGCGGCGGCUGGAACCCCGGCCGCUUCAUUCUCAGCUACGCCGCCAUGAUCAACGCCGUCGCCAACGGCUAUGCGACCGUCACCACCGACGCCGGAAUUCCUACUACCACGAAUCCCAUCGACUGGCUACUUAAGAGCCCGGGAAGCCUGGACACCAACGCCCUUCAGAACUUUGGUCAGGUCUCCCUGAAUGAUGAGGCCGUCAUGACGAAACAGCUCAUCGAGAGUUUCUACGGCAAGCCCCCCACGCGCUCCUACUGGAACGCCUGCUCCCAGGGCGGCCGCCAGGGCCUCAAGCUGGCGCAGCAAUACCCGGACGCUUAUGAUGGCAUCAUGUCGGCCGCCCCCGCUAUCAACUGGGCCGAGUUCUACCUUAACUCGAUCUGGCCGAGCUACUAUAUGCUCAAGACGCAGCAGUUUCCGCUCGGUUGCGAACUUGACGCGCUCACCGCCCUGGCCAUUUCCACUUGCGACGAGCUAGACGGUGUCAAGGACGGCCUCAUCAGUGAUCCCGAGGCCUGCAGAGCAAACUUCAACGUAACUGCACAAGUUGGAAAGUCGUUCCAGUGCUCUCAAACUAACUCGACGCUCGAAAUCAGCCAAGCUGCUGCCAAUGUAGCCAACGCCUCCUGGACCGGUCCCCGUUCCUCCACUGGGAGGUUCAUAUACGACGGGUACGAGAUGGGCAGCGACCUUUCCAUCAUCGCACCGACAGAGUGCACCGGUAAAGUCUGCCAGAGCAGCGCCGGCGAAGCCAACGUUGCGUUUGCCUGGCAGGCUUUUGUCGCCAAAGACCCCAACGCGACGGUGCCCAACAUUACGGACAGAACCUUUGACACGAUCCACCGCGCUGCCAAGCUGGUCUUUGCUUCCAACAUGGAGACCGACGAGACGGAUCUAACCGACUUCAAGAAAGCAGGGGGCAAGAUUAUCACCUACCACGGACUCGCCGAUCAGAGCAUCUCCCCGGGUGGUACCCUCCGCUACUACAACACCGUCGCCAACGUAGUCGAAGGCAAUAUCACAUCCUUUUACAAGUACUACCGCGUCCCCGGCCUCGAGCACUGCUGGGGCGGCAAGGGAGGGCAGCCCGAGGCUAUUUUCGGCGAGCUUCGGGCUUGGGUCGAGAACGGGACUGAGCCCGAAUCGUCACCGGUGACCGUGACGCUGCCGGACGGAUCGACGCAGGAGCAGGUGCUGUGCCCUUAUCCGCAAAAGGCGAGAUUCGAUAGCGGCUGUGCGAGCAAGAACGCGGCCACUUGCUGGUCUUGUCUUGAGUAA